AUGAAGGUGGGAUGGGGCGGGGGUCUCCCAGCGCAGGGGUCUUGCCGGCAGACUACGCUCCUGUGUUUUUCCCGACCUGCCAGAGUUUGCAGUCUUGCAGGCAUCCUCUCCAGGCCCGAGGGACCUCUGUGCCGAGCCCCAGGCGCACGGUCGGAACAGCUCCUUCAGGGGCCGAGGACCACCCACCAGGGCCCUUCCCGGCAGCAAAGACUGCGGCCCAGUCCCGCUGGGGCCCGGGCACGGCGGCUACGCCCAGGGCAGUCCGGGUGGGGGCCCGUUCCCAUAGGGAUCGCGGGCCGGGCAGGCGGAGGAGCGGACGGGAGUCGGCGAGGUGCAGGCAAGGCCCGGCCGGGCAGCGCCGUGAGUCCCGAGUCGGGAAGGAGGCGCGGGCAGGGCCGAGCCCGGCGGUGCGGGGCGCGCCUGGCCGCCACGUGGCGCCGCCCGAAGCUGCGCGGCACUGGCUGGGGAGCGGGAGGGAGGCCCGGGCGGCGCUGGCGGUGUCUUCCCCCCGCACGGAGUCAGCGGCGGCCGGAGCGGCGCCGGCUGGACAGGGCCCGCGGUCCGCCGAGCUCCAGGCCCGAGCCCUGGGCGGACGGCGAGGUGGGGGCGCGGGGCGGGCUCCUCUCUGGGCCGGGUCUCCGCCCCGCCCCGGCCCCGCCGCCACCCGCGUGGGGAGCCGCGCGGUGUCUUCUUGCUGCAGGGAAAUCGGACCCGAAAUUAGAACCGGGGAAGCCCCUUAGCCUUCCUCGACCUCCAGCCAGCUCAAGUGUCUUAGAUCGGAUGAACUACAAUAUUACAUUAAAAAGACAGAUUACCUUACCACUCGGGCCUUGACGGAGACUGGUCGCUGAGUGGGGGCUCCAGCGCAGUCUGUCCAUGGCAGUGUUUCACAAGCGACAUUUUCAAACUAUGUGAG